AUGACAGUGUUCGUGGGCUCACUAUUUCUUCCGGAUACAAUUCACUUUGCCAUCCCUUCUCAAGUUACUGAAGAUGAUCCGUACACUACUCAAAGAAGAUCGAUUGGCGGCAACAACCAAAACCUCUCUUUGCCAAGUUUCCCGUCAGUCCGCGAUCCAACUCCUCCCCAGACUCCAACUGUCGUGAAAAACCAUGAUGAUGAUAAGUUCUUUGCACGCAGUGAUAACCCAGAACUGCGGGGUCAAGUAUCAUCUAGUGCAAAACUAGCACCUAACAAUCCAAACUCACGAGCGUGGGGUGCUGGAACUGUUUUUAAUCAACCAAAAUCUCGGGCUAGUUCACCUCCUCCCGCAAAUAUCCUAAGACAUAAUCGAACGUUGCGCAAGGCUAAGAGUUUUGGAAGACCUGGUAAUCGUCAUCCUCACUUGGGUAGACAUGAAAAUCAAGAUAAACUUUUCGCAAGUGCUGGCUGGGUUGUGGUGCCCGCAGACCAAGGGAACGGUGGUUUGCGGAACGCAGUUCAGGCAGCAGUUCGGGAUGGGAAACUAGAAGAUAAAAUGUGGGUUGGAACGUUAGGAAUGCCAACCGACGUUCUCGAAGGUACGCAGCAGAAAGAAGAAAUUGAGCGUAGAUUGGCCGUUGAGUACGAUUCCUUGACGGUGUUUUGUAAAGAUAGCGACUUCAACGGCCACUAUACCCAUUAUUCCAAACAAAUUCUUUGGCCUGUUCUUCACUAUCAGAUCCCUGACAACCCCAAGAGUAAAGCAUACGAAGACCAUUCGUGGGUCUACUAUGUCAGGGUCAAUCAAACGUUCGCAGAUAAAAUUAUAGAAAACUGGAAGAAAGGCGAUGUUAUUUGGAUCCAUGACUACCACCUCCUUCUUGUUCCUCGAAUGAUUCGCCAAAAACUUCCAGAUGCGAAAAUUGGGUUCUUCUUACAUGUUGCCUUUCCCUCAUCCGAGGUUUUCAGAUGUCUAGCCGUACGAACGGAGUUACUAGAAGGAAUGCUUGGAGCGAAUCUGAUUGGAUUUCAAAUAUAUGAAUAUGCGCGUCACUUUCUCCAGACUUGUAGUCGUUUAUUGUGCGUUGAAGCGACCAAAGAGGGAGUUCAGCUUGAAGAUCGUUUCGUGGAUGUUAUUAGUCUUGCUAUCGGUAUUGAUCCGAUAGCCUUAGAUGCGAACCGCGCAGAUCCAGAUGUAUCAAAAUGGAUAAAGACUAUGCAAAAGCGUUAUCAAGGCAAGAAAUUAAUAGUGGCCCGCGAUAAGCUAGAUCAUGUUCGUGGCGUUCGACCUAAGCUUUUGGCUUACGAACUUUUCCUCAACAAAUAUCCAGAGUGGAGAAAUAACGUUGUGAUGAUACAAGUAGCAACUUCAACUACUGAACAAGCCGAGUUAGAUGCUACUGUAUCCGAUAUAGUAACUCGGGUUAACUCUUCAUGGGCCAAUCUUGCUUAUCAACCACUAGUUUACCUGAAACAGGAUAUCAGCUACGCACAAUAUAUAGCACUGCUCACUAUAGCUGAUGCAUUGAUGAUUACAAGUCAACGCGAAGGUAUGAAUCUGACAUGCCAUGAGUUUUUGUUCUGCCAGGAUGGCAAAUUCGAGGGCCAAAACAAGAAUGGAUGCCUUAUUCUGAGUGAAUUUACUGGGAGUGCUUCUGUCUUUGGUCGCAAUGAGUUAUCCGUUAAUCCAUGGGACUAUCGACAGUGUGCAGAUGCCAUAAAAACUGCACUGGAGAUGAGCGAAGAUGAAAGAAAGCUUAGAUGGAACAACCUUUAUAAGGCAGUAAUACACCAUACCGCAGAAUAUUGGUUUUCAUCUUUUCUAACUAGGCUGGACGAAGUAUACGACGAACAAAAUCUGCGCUGCACUACUUCGAUUUCUCGUUUAUCUAUUGAUAAACUCGGACAGGACUACCGAAGUGCAUCGAGACGACUUUUCAUCUUAGAUUAUGAGGGAACACUUGCUUCAUGGGGCUCGCCAAAUGAUAUAAUCCUCACGAGCCCCCAGCGAACAAUUGACAUUCUUAACGAUAUAUCUCUUGACGUUCGAAAUAUUGUUUACGUAAUGUCUGCUCGUCAGCCCGAAGAACUUGACCGACUUUUCAAACGUGUUCCGAAUCUUGGCCUAGUUGCCGAAAAUGGAUGCUAUAUUAAAUUAUCUAAUACUUCGAAAUGGAUUGAGAAUGCGGAUCCCGCGGAGAUGAGAGAGUGGAAAGAGUCUGUCAAGGGUAUUAUGCGGUACUACCACGAACGUACACCUGGAUCAUGGAUUGAAACCAGACACUGUAGUCUUGUCUUCCAUUAUCGAAGCUGCGAGGACCAGGAAAGUGCGGGCCGUUUAGCUGGUGAUUGUGCUAGUCAUAUUAACGAUGCUUGUGAGGGUCAACGCGUCAGAGCUGUCCUAGUCGAGGGAACUGUAGUAGUAGAGCCCAUUGAAUGGUCCAAAAGCACCGCAGCUGUAACUAUAUUUGGGCACCUUGGUAAUAAUUUUGCAGACCAAGACUCGAAAACUAUUGAUUUUCUCAUGGUUGUCGGUAAUAACCGGGAUGAUGAGGUCAUUUUUCGUUGGGCGAAUGAACUUGGCCGCUUAAAAAAGGUGAGAAAUGUAACGACUGUCAGUCUCGGAAGUCGCACUACGGAAGCGAAUUAUACUUUGACACAAGGCGUAACUGGUGUAUUAUCCGUACUACAAAAAAUAUCCACAAUUUUGUAA